CUUCGACUCGUUUUCACGGUGUUUACUUUAGCCAUACUUUUGCUUACAUGGUGACGUUGCCGGUGUUCUCUCACUGACGUUGUCGCGAACGCGUAUAAUGAAAUAAUUACUUCGAUAUCAGUAUUUCUUCAGAGUCGCACACACGUAGCGUUCGCCGCUAGCUACAUUCAGAUAUUUAUUACUUCACACUAAUAGGAUUGGGUGCCGAUUAUUCUUAAUCGUUAUCGUCACUUUUACCUUCAAUAUGAUGGUAUUAUUUGUACAAGUGUAACGUUGAACGUGAAUUGUGAUAAAAUUGUGUGUAAAUUAACGGCACCAUGAGGUUGUUUUGAGUGAUGCUAGUUUUAUUUAAUUACUGCAAACUGUAAUUGUUCAUCGAGUAGAAAAACACAGCCGCAAACAUGGAUAGAUUUCGACAGAAGUCGAAAAAAGAAUCACCAAUGAAGCACGUCGACAAAGAUAAAUCCAGCCUUUUCAUUGCCGAUGUCAAAUCCAUGAAGGAGAAUAUCAAAAUAAGGGAAAUAUUACGAACUGUAAAAAUGAAUAGUAGUAUGAGAAUAAAGGCUCCUCGUGGAAGUAAAAUAAUGCAAAAUAAAGAUUUCAACGAUAAUGAUGACUUCGAUGAGGCCCAAAAUAGCGAAGGAGCUUCCGAUAGGGAGCCACACAGUGCAAUUAACCAGGAAAUGAUGAAGACAGUAGAUGAUACUGUUACUGACACAUUAAAUGUGGAAACCAGUGAUCAACAGAACUGUGGUAGUGAGGACGACGCAAAUAACGAACGAAAAGAGGGUCCAGAAGAUUCUCCGUAUACAGAACAAAACGUUCCCCAAAUUGAGACGCCAAGUGAAAGUGCAGCAAGUGAUGAAGUAGAUGUAAAUAGUGACCAUAAUUCUGAAAAAAUUAAAAUUGUUAUAACGUCUAGAAGUAACGAUAACUUAGCAGUCGACCCUGCUGUUUCACCUGAAAUUGCAGCAUCAGUCCCAAAAGGCAAGCUUACACAGUGUCGUGAAAGAAAGUUAUCACUCGAUCAAACGAUGCUGAAUAGGCGCGAGAGUUUCUCUCAAUCGGAAUUAGAUCUGCACUCAAUUGGAAAGUCGCCUUUGGAAAGAAAAUCUUCGUUUUUCAGGAAGAAAAUGGACAGUUUCCUGAAAAAUACUACGGAGAUAUUCAAAAGGCAAUCCUCGCACCUGUCACGACGGGGGUCAAUUUCAGUUUCGUUGCAAUCGUUGAAUGAAAAGACUAACCUUGAUAGCGAAAAUAAAACCUGUGAUAAGAUGAGUAGCACGACCAGCCUUCGGUCAUCUUCAACAGUGGGCCGCAGCGACUCCAGCCUCUCGGCCAGCCAGGGGGAGAGGUUGGGCCAAACAGACAGCCCUGCUGGCACCCAGCCGGGCCUCAGCGUCAGCCAGCCCCUCGACCGGUCCACGGAAAGCAUUAACAGUCUAAGCGAGUCCUACAUCCAGGAUUCCCUUCUGAACUCCCGUGCGAUAUCCAUGAGCUCGGGGCUAGACACUGCUCACGGGGCCAGAGUGCGGAAAUCCAGAUCUAACCGGGUCACCUGGCUGGCAAGCGAAGGUCUCACCAACUACCUCCGGCGCGUCAUCCAAGAUGAGAAGAACCGAGAGAUACAAGGAUGCCACUCCUACCAGGACCUGUCCAGCAUACCUGAGAACCACUAUGGAGUGGUGACUGACAGCAAGGGCCGCAGGCUCUCCUACCAGCGAGCGGUGUCGGGGGAGGACCCGGUGCUCCCUACGAGGUACCAAGACUCCAGUCUAAGGAAGAAACUAAUCCCGGAAAAUUGGGAGGCCAGCUUCGAGCUCGCCGGGCAGUUGGCGGAGUUCUCGAGGAGCGGAGUGCCGCCCCUCCAGGGGUUUCACAUCGCCAAUGUGCCGGACGAGGCCUUUGCGUACCUGCUUUGGGCGGAGCACGUUGAGAAUUUGGAGAACGUCUAUGAUUGGAAGAAGUUGUCUCCGAACGAGGAAGCGCGGCAAGCUGUGAUCCGUGAGCUAGUGACCACUGAAGCAGACUACAUUCGGCAUCUCAUAGCCAUCGUCGAGGUGUUUAUUGCUGCGGCGCACGCGCUACAGGACAGCGGCAAACUCCUCGACGUGGAUACUGAGAAGCUGUUCUCCAACAUCCCUGACGUGCUGAACGCCAGCCUCUACUUCUGGGAGUACACCAUCUAUCCCAUGCUGUUGGAAUCCUUCGAGAACAAGACGCCUUUCAACACCGAACUGAUGUCGGCUGGAUUUUGCCGUUUCCGCGACCUGUUCCAACCGUACGAGAAGUUCGUCAUCGAGCAAACUAAAGCGCUGGAUUAUCUCCGCUCCCUAUCAACUAAUGCUGAUUUCAUGACCUACCUCACCUGGUGUCAUGGCCACAAGUCUUGCAAUAGGCUGCAGCUCUCUGACAUCAUCAUUAAGCCCAUGCAGCGCCUCACCAAGUACAGCCUGAUCCUCAGGAGGAUCAUUACCCACACCGACACCGAACCUGAACGCACCAACCUUAUUGCGAUGGAAUCCUUCGCCAAGAACUAUGUGCUCGACCUGAAUCGUGCUAUUCGCCAACGCGAAGAGCUGGAGAAGCUUGAUGCUGUAGCGAACUCCAUCGAUAUCUACGAACUAGAUUUCAAGGACGAAGACUUGGAGCGCUAUUUCCGCCUGUACUCUGCGAUAAACCUGAAGGCACCAAUGGUGAACUGUAUGCCCACCCACAGUCGCACCUUGAUCCACCAGGGUGAUCUUCGCUUCAGAGACAGUGCAAAGGAGAUAGAGGUCCGAGCCUUCCUCUUGACAGACAUGCUUCUUAUUUGUAAAAAACUAUCCAAGGGCGCUGCCCUCCCCUACAAACUAAUCAGGCCGAAGUACAUGGUGGAUAGAAUGAUGCACUUCCCAAAGUUCCAGUCGCGCCCCACUGGCAGGGAAAUCAUGGCUUUGCUGUUCGUUGUGGUUGAUGACGUCGGCACCGCCUUCCAGAGCUUUGCUCUCACAGAGACAGCGAAGGAUGCUAAUCCUCACUUGACGCUGAAGCUGUGGGAGCAGAAGCUUCGGGAGGCCAAACUGACGUACGAGCUUGGCGUCUGGUUUGCGAAGAAUCCAUCCAGGGAUAUCUCAGAAGUGGACAUGGACUCUUCAUCAGACUAUGCCGCCAGCAGCGUCAGCGGGCCUCGUCCGAGCUCCGACGACGCCAACAUCGAGCGAGAGGCGCGAGAACGCGUGGCCGUGAUGCUGCACCGCUGCAUGGGCGUCUCUACGGAGUACGACUUCUCUCAGGGGUCCAUGAACACCGACUCCUUCGAUGCAUCUUGCGCAGGCGCUGCGUCGGGCACCAGCGGGCGCGGCUCGGCGCUGCACAGCCUGCGGCACCCCAUGCACCGCACCUCCACCGGCGGCAGCUCGCGUAACUCGCGCCUCUCCAGCUUCCACCAGUCCACCAGCGCUGCUUCCCAUGAUGAGCCGCAAGCUGGUCCCAGCUCCAGGAAUCUGUACAAGGCAGGCACCUCCGUAGAGCACCUCAUCCCUCCGCAGAACCCGGACGACGCAGUAACAUCCAUCACGGUGAAUGUCGUGAGUGAGAGCGAGUCGGAAACCGUGGUUCCUUCUGAGCAGCCCCCUAGCUUGCAGCAAUCACCGUCGCCCAGCAAGUCGGCGGGUAAACUGGCGAGCCGUAGCACGAGCGCGCGCGCACACAACACUCUGCGCGUGCAGCCACAGAGCGGCGUCAUGGCGCUCGUGCACAGCCUGCCCGACCUCACCCUCGACCCCUCGCCGCCACGACCAGCUCAAAGCCCAAGCACCCAGUCCGCUUCCGACAAGCUGUACCAAUCGCACCAGGAGCUGCUCCAUCGCAACCGGCUCUCGGCCGCGCAGCAUCACCAGUACCUGUCUCCCAACCACCGUGGCACCAGCUACCCGCCGCCCAGUCCCACCAGGCAGGGCCUUCGUUAGACUAGUCGUAGCAACGUAGCAGUCUAGCAACAUAGCAGUCUAGCUCUACCCCCGUAUACUUCGAUCCUCAAACAUAAUUACACCUUGAACAAAAAUUCGGAGCACGUGUAAAUUCAUCUGCAGUGUAGUGACACUUAACAUCUGCCCCUGAUAUAAAUAAUGUAUAAGCGCACCAAAAACGCACCAAAUAGCUAGCGUCCAAUCUCUGUAGUAAACAUUUUUUAUACUUGAGGAUCGACUACGAGGGUAAGAUCACCGUCAAAAUUUCAGGCGCGCUAAGAUCUCCCUUGAACAAAACUACAUUUCACGUGUAAAUUAUCAUCAGUAGUGUAGUGAGUAGGGGAAAGUAGUACGAGAUGAUCCCCUUAAGCGGGAAUCGCUGUAAAAUACAUAUUUUUCAAGGUAAACCAAAAAUAAAGACGAUUACUACUAGUAUAUUUAUCUAUCCAACUUUCCUUAUACUCAAAACCAGAAAUUAAUUGAGGUUUCAUUAAAAUAUUUCAUUUUUUGCAAAACCUUACAAAGUGAUCAUCUUGUACACCCCUGUGGGUAAGAUGAUCCCCCAGAUAGGGGUAAGAUGAU